GGGGCCCCAUGAUCCCCUAUUGCCUGGGGGCCCCAUGAGUUGUCAGUCCGCCCCUGUGCACAAUGCAAUAUUUGGAAACAUUCAUUCACAUACAGUAUAUUGUUCCAUGAUCCAAACAUACCCUUGCAGACUCUCAAUGGGAUAUGUACACUGAUCAUCAGGGCACUGAUGAUCAGUGUGCCCUGAUGAUCAGUGUGGCCCCAAAAGUGCCACCUGUCAGUGCUCAUCAGUGCCAGUGCCCAUCAGUGCCACGUGUCAGUGCCCCUCAGUGCCACAUCAAUGCCACAUAUCAGUGCACAUCAAUGCCACAUAUCAGUGCCCAUCUGAGAUGCCUUUCAAGGUCACCCAUCAGUGCCAGUCAGUGCCACCUAUCAAUGCCAAUCAGUGCUGCCAGUCAGUGUCGCCUAUCAGUGCCAGUCAGUGUCCCUAACAGUGCCAGUCAGUGCUGCCUAACAGUGCCAGUCAGUGCCGCCUAUCAGUGCCAUUCAGUGCUUCCUAUCAGCGCCGCCUAUCAGUGCCAUAUAUCAGUGUCAUGUAUCAGUGCUGCCUUUCAGUGCCCAUCAGUGAUGCCUGUCAAUGCCCAUCAGUGC